UUGGUUUUAGCUUUUGAGAUGGUUAACGAAAUCUUUCGUUUCAGUUCACGACGUACCCUUUUUGCUUUGAAUAUGUCAACCAACGAAAGUUCCAGGAGAUCAUAGACUUUCAUCAGGUCUUUCAGGGGUGGGAAAACGCCUCUUCUGUCUAUCCGAUCGUUCUCUCGGUGACCGUGGGGCUAGCGUAUCCCCUCCUGUGUCUGGCACAUCUCCUAGCGCCUCAGUCAAAGAUCGGCAGGUUUUCAAGUCUUUCUGUUGUGCGUGAGAUGUACUGGACCGUGUCGUGGAUCGUUCUGCUGAUCCUACUGUUGGUGGAUUCUCAGUCCUACCGCCUGGGACCUUCGGAGAUAGACAGUAUUAUCCAGGGGACUCCAGCGUCAUCUCGACCGGUGUCAGUAGCGUCCAUAUUGAUCAUGAUGUGGAUCAUCGACAUAGCAUGGAAGGAACUACAAGACGUUCGACGAGAAGGCCUGAUGGACCACUUCAAGCAGCCGUGGAACUUUCUGGACUUUGUGAUGAUUGCGGUCUUCCUAGCACAGUUCGCCCUCCGACUUGUGGCGAUUCAGGCAAGAAGGGAUUUCGUAUUCCGAAAGAAGUAUGUGAUUGAUUUUAAAUCAACCAAUUGUAAUUUUGUUUGUUUGGAUAGUUAACUGUGACGUUGCCUUUUUAUUUUUUUAGCUCGACAUAUAUAGAUCAGUACAGAACACGGUCGCCGAUGAAUGGACACAUAAAGCAAAUGAAACCAGCUUCCAGCCUGUUGCAGUGGCAGAUGUCCUCUUCUCCAUCUUCACAAUCGUCGUCUUUGUCCGAGCCAUGUCUAUGUUCAUCUAUAAUCGUUUUCUGGGGAUGCUGCUGAUCUCCAUCGGACGAAUGGCUGUAGACAUCAUGAAGUUCGUGGUCCUGGAUGGACUGGUUCUGUUCGCCUUUGCGCUCGGCUUGAACCAGCUGUACUGGUUCUAUGGGACGAUGCACCAGUACCUCUGUUCCAACUACUCACAGAGCAACCUUCAGGCUUUGAGCUGUUCAAAGUCACAAGGUUUUGACACAAUUUUCAGCGCGCUGCAAUCCUUGUUCUGGGCUGGGUUCGGUGUUGUUGAUCUGUCCACGCUCGAGCUGAAGCCGGGUACCAGCCCAGUCAACGUGUUCCAGAUACAAGAAUGGCCUGUCAUCACAGAGACUGCUGGAAAACUGGUGUUUGGGCUGUAUGAAGUCAUUGGGGUGUUGGUUCUCAUCAACCUCCUCAUCGCCAUCAUGAGUGACUCAUUUACGAGGACAGAGGAAGUAAAACGCAUUGACUGGGGCUUUGUGGUGAUGAAAGACGUGCUACGCUACCUGAAGGUCGACCUGUCCUUACCCCCACCCUUCGGCCUGAUAAUGUCCGUGAGGAACGCUCUUGUUCGCCCGGUGUUGGCAUUAUGUGGUCGGCGAAACAAUCCUCCCGAUACGGACAACAAUAUAUCUAAGUUUGUUCAGGUGGAGAGAGCCAUCCGCCCAUCACAAUCAUCACUGCCAGCGAAACAGGAUGUGUACAAAAUGGUUGUUGGCAGUCUUAUGACCAGAUAUUUGCUUCGCAAGGAAAGGAGCCUGGAAUGAAAGGGCAUUUGUACAUAUGUACAAUGCAUCACCUUACUAUUCUAUUCUACUAGGUAGUUUGCUGUCUUUACUUAAUGGAAUGUAAAUUAUAUAUUUUAUAAAGGAUGACCGCUUUGAAAGAAGAUUUCUUCCUUCCUUGAUUAUACAUGUAUCGUUAAAUCAUAUUAUGAGUCAACAUUUUCCUCAAUGUUAGAUGUUUCAUUGAACACCGAUCACGGACUUAACCAGGAGACGGCUAAGGAGGUAAAGAUCGUAAGGUAACUUAGAAGUCAUGUUCUUGUCUGUAAGCAAAAGAAGGUGAACAUUAUGGUUGUGUCCAUCAAUAUAUGUAAUGUUACAGUGUUUGUUAUUGUUAGGAAGAUACUGAAUAUAGAGUACACGUGUUAUCAAAGGAAUUUUGUCAGAUUCUAUUCUUACUUCUCAAUCCUGAUAUAUAGACCUGUCUGUUAGCUUCUUCAUAGUACGUGUAAGCUAUAGAAUAGUCAAUGGUCACACACGGAAAUUCAACAUUAUGUUGUAAUCUCAGCUCUGUUAUUUAGAUUGAGGUCAGUGAUAUGUAUUAGUAGGCAGAUGAAGACAUUGUGAACGAAGGUUUAGAGAUUAUUCAACUACUCAUAUACAUUACAACAAUAGAGAGUUUUCCUAGACAAAAAUGCAUCUAUUACUUGUCAAGUUCUUCAUCCAGUAUUUAUGACAUUAAUCGGCAUUCUAGUGGGUGUAGGAUACAGAUAUAUUACAUUAAUAAUAAAUCGCUCGGGAUUUCCGAUCUGGCAGUGAUCAUCUUAUUACUUCCAUUCCUCAUGACUUAUUAAUGUGUAACGCAGACGUCGAGAGUUCCAAAGCGCAACAGGUGCACGUGACUUGUUCUUGUGAUUAAAUGACUUAUUCCCCUCAUCACAAGUACAGGUUUUAUUUCUUCUCUCAGUGACACCAGAUUCAGAU